GUGGGAUAAGAUUAACCCAGUUAAGGACCAAACAGCAUCAACAAACCAAAGCCUAAACCCUCUGCAGAGAUAGGGGUUUUACGGACUGGUAGACUCUCUCUCUCUCUUUUCCCGGAUAAUGGAGUCAUAGACCCAUUACAAUGUUCGCGGCGAGGAACCUUCAGAAGCAUUGCUGCAAGACCCUCUCUUCUCUCACAAUCAACAACCCCCUCAAAGAUGCUUCGUUCAAAUUCACGUCAAUCGGUGUGAUCCAUCCAAGUUUUGGGGCCAAAGCUGACACCUUGACCCCAAUCAAGCAUUUUUUGAAUUACCACGAUGGGUCGAGGGCGAUGUCGGCUGGAGGGAAGGGGAGGAGCAUGAGAAGCAGGGUGGAGAGCCGGAUGCGAAAAGAGUCGGGUAAAACCCUGAGGGAAAUCCGGCGGGCGCAGAAGUUAAAGAAGAAGUUGAUGACCGAUGAGGAACGUCUCAUUUACAACCUCAGAAGAGCCAAGAAAAAAGUGGCGUUGCUUUUGCAGAAGUUGAAGAAGUAUGAGCUUCCCGAGCUGCCACCCUCACGACAUGAUCCUGAGCUUUUUACCUCUGAGCAAAUCCAGGCAUAUAAGAAAAUUGGUUUCAAAAAUAGAAAUUAUGUUCCUGUUGGUGUCCGUGGAGUCUUUGGUGGAGUGGUCCAAAAUAUGCACAUGCACUGGAAGUUCCAUGAGACUGUGCAAGUCUGCUGCGAUAACUUCCCCAAGGAAAAAAUUAAGGAGAUGGCAACCAUGCUUGCAAGAUUGAGUGGUGGUAUUGUUAUCAACAUACAUAAUGUGAAAACCAUCAUCAUGUUUCGCGGCAGAAAUUAUCGACAACCGAAGAAUUUGAUACCUAUCAACACCCUUACAAAAAGGAAGGCUUUAUUCAAAGCCAGAUUUGAGCAAGCCCUGGAAUCUCAGAAGCUAAACAUUAAGCAAAUAGAGCAGCAGCUCCGACGAAAGGGUGUAAAUCCUGAUGAUCCUGUUGCCAUGGCAAGCAUCCAGAGAGUAGCUUCUACAUUCUUCAAUGCAAUUGACAAGAAGGAAGGAAGCCCUUACGUGUUCCGUGAGGACAAACUAUGGGAACCAAAACCAAGUAUUAACCUUCAACAAUCACAAGAAGAUGAAGACAGUGAACAAGAGGAGCUUGACAGAUUCAUAGCUGAAAUAGAGGAUGCAGCCGACAAAGAAUGGGCUGAAGAGGAAGCGGCAGAGAAAGAAGAACUUUCCAUGAUUAGAUAUCGGCACAGGGGGGAUGAUGGAAGGUUUAGGGAAAUGCGUCGAAGUGAAGAUUCUCAUGAUAGUAAUAUUUCUGAGGAUGAUGAAGAAUGGGGUUCUGAUGAUGAUGCUAAUCGAGGUCGUAACAAUUUUAAAGCACCAAUACCAGAGAGGGGUAACAAAAAUGGUAGGAAAAGAGGUACUAGUAAUGAAGGUCUCAAGAAAGCUAAACUGAGGGAAAGUUUGGCGGAAAAAGAUUCUGGGUCAGAAGAUAUGUUAAGCGAUGUGGAGGAUGCAAUGUGGCAAUCUGAUAGUGAUGAAGAAGAAGAUUCAAGACAAUUGAAAGCAACUACACAUGAUGACAAGAGAAAUAGUGAAGGUUCCAAGAGAAAUUCUGGAGCUGACUUCAGAGGGAAGAUUGCAGGAGAAACGUAUGAUUCAGAAGAUCUGUCUAAUGAUUCGGAAAUUGCGAUGUGGGAAUCAGAUGCUGAGGACGGACUUGAAUCUGAAACAUCAGGAUUGGAAACUGAUGGUACCAGGAGCAAUAAUAGUGCGGACAAGAACAGGGUUAAUGGAAAAAAGAUGAAAUCACCAAAACAGGUGGAUGAAACUUGGGACAGUGAUUAGCUUUGUUGGAGAGCCGGCACUUUUACAGUAAUCCAGGAGGAGGUGAUUUCGGGAAAUUGAUAGGGAGAAUAGCAGCUUUUGGCAAUGUUUUUGGGUGGACCACAUACUCUUCUCUUCUUUUCAACAGUUGAUUCCAAAGAAGCUGGAAAUGAGAUCACAAUGUUCCCUCAAACUGUACGAAGAAUCUAUAUUUUGUUUCGCAUACAGAUUGAAAUGCACAACACUAUGAAGAUGCAAACAAGUUCAACAACAUGAAGAAUCUCCAUUUAGCUGUAAUGUAGGGGUUUACUCGGAGUGGCCUCCAAGUGAUGUUUAUGUGAUGGUUUCACAGAUUUGCAUCUCGGAUACCCGGAUUUGCAAGCAUAUUUGUGCUUUGAACAUGUUUUCAAGUUGGGUAUUUUCAUGAUCUCAAUACAUUCACAUCCUAGCAUAUCAAAUGUACGAUUUAAAUAGCUUCUCUCUGUAAUUCAGAGUCACAUGCUAAUAAUAUGUUUUUUUAUUACGUA